CACGAGUACGAAUAAUAAUAAUAAUAAUACAGGUACGACUACGAGUAUUUCCGUACGGUACGUACUACCCUAUGAAUAAUGUUUGUGUUUUGCCAUUGAUGACACAGGUGCUACAACAUGUUCAGUCUUUGAGUACGAAACUGUCAGCAUGGUACUCGUAACUCAAAAGCAGAGCCAUCAGAUAAAGUAAAACGUGUUUGAUAUCCAUCCCAAGGAUGAGCAGUGAACAGAACCCGUCUACAGCUAAGUGCUCAGCGACAUCUACAGCGACAACAGCGGUUUCCCCAAAACGGCUACCCACCAAAGACAGAGGCACCGGCAACGACAACGACAACGGCAUCGGCACUCACCCAAAUAGCCUCAAUCCCUUCCCCAAUGACGCUCCGAGUGACCGCGUUGUAAUAAAUAGCGAGAGAGAGUCGAAGUGUGAUCUACCCACCUCUUCUUCGGCCCACAACAGUCGAAUACGGAGACUCCAGUCGUCUCAUGUUCGACCGAAGCCGCAAGUAUUGACCGAUUUUCCUCCGCUAUCGAUUCCCGCUUUACAGCAGCGACGACAUCAUAGUACGGGGACGUGGGCAUCUUUUGAGUCUAGAAACGAUCACGAGAACAAUUUUGCUAUGAACAACAAUUUAGCCGCUGAUGAUUCUUCUCUGGUACCAAAAGCUACCAAUGCCAAUGACAACGACAACGACGAACCCGCUGUGCUACCCUCAACGAUAACGGAUUCCAUGAAAGAGAACGCUUUAGCCGAAGAGGCUGCUGAACAGAUUGUCAUAGAAGCAGAACGGAUCUUCCUAGAAGCAAGGAGACUAUCGAUAGCAACCUCUGAUCAACAGGCCGUUUCCGAAGGAUUUUGUCGAACCGAUGAAACACUUGGAGUACCACGAAACGCAGUUUCUUCCGAAGAGAUGGCCAGCAGUAACAGCGACAUCGACCCAGAAAGUAGCAAACAAACUCUGGGAAGCCAAGGCGAUGGGGAAAAUGGAGAGAUCGACGAAUCAUCCUCAACGUCGUCGUCGUCGUUAUCAACAAUAUUGCGAGAAUAUACCGCUGACUACACUGAUGGAGAUUCCUCGAAGAAUGAAACGGAAAGGAGCGAAGAGGAUUCCGCACAGAACGGUGCGUCAGGUGUGGAUACUAUCGAUGUCGACAAUUUUGCCGGAGUGCCCCAAGAUGAAUUCGAUGAUGAGACAACCAACAAUAAUCCUUCGCUGAGAAGCGUGGCUUCCCGCGUGGCUUCGAUCGAAGACUUUCAAGAGGCGAUAGAAACAUGUUUGCCUUCUCGACUGAAAGAUAUGAACCUUGACAAUGGCGGAAAUCCAUUGCCACAAGAMAAAAUACUCAGUCGGUUGGAUGGAAUACUCCCCGACUCUGCACUUCUUGCUCGAAAACGUGACAAAUUUGACCAAUCCAUACCGUUCGAGGACGACGCCAACAGCCCAAUAGCAACCGAGGAUGGGUUAGCAACCGUGGUGGUAACAGACGACGGCAUUGAACAAAUUCCGAUCAAAUCCUUAAAAAUUGAGUCUGAAGAAGCAGCCGCCGAGCAACGAUUGGACGACGAGAACUCCGUCGGAAGCUGGUUUACUUCCUUCAUGGGAUCGAUGAGCCGUGACGAGAACGAUUUCGAUAGCGAGCGGCCAUCAUCGACGUGCAACGAUUCCAUUUCUAGUACAUCGCCAGCCCUUUCUUCAUAUCCACGAGCUUCCUCUGGUCCCAAUAAUUCUUUGGUUAAAGUAUCGGUAGAUGUUGUGGAUGGGCAGAAUCAUCAGCAGAGGCCGCCGUCGUUUCCCAGAGCCUUUCGAGCCUCUCAGAAGAUAAGUCACAAACUUUCUAAUUGGGUCGACAAUAAGUUCACAACACCAGGAGAUUUACCAAAAGAUGGCUCCUACAGUGUCGGUGAAUCCAAAACCGUUGUAGUCCACGAGAUCAUGAGAGGAAGUUGGACGUGGUGCACGGCUUGGUCCCCAGAUGGAAACCAAUUGGCGAUUGCGACUGAAAAUCAUGAUCUCGCAGUGGUAGAUACAACCCUGUCCCCUGUUUGGCGUGUUAAACACGACAGAGUUGUAAGACGACCGCCAAAGCAAGGGACAACGCAAUCGAUCCGUAGCAUUGCUUGGGGUGAACAUUUUAUCGCCAUUGGUGGCACUGGAAACGCUGUUUCUAUUCUAGCCCCGACCGAACCGUACCAGAUCUUACACACAAUUCCUUCAACUGGCUUCGUUGGUUCUUUAGAUUGGUUGCGUGGAUCGAAUAAACUACUGGUUGGAAGCCGCAAUGGGAGAGCUACAGUACACGAAAUAUGGGAAAACCUCGAUAMUCAGAAUACCAUGCAAAAUUUUGACUUCCCUGGCUCACAAUCCGUGUGUCAAAUCAAAAGCAAGGUCAUACACACUAUCAAUCGAGGAAAACCAUGGGUGAAUGCUGUUCAGUUCAAACCCGGAGAUACUUUCUUCGCUGUCGGGGAUAGCCAUGGAAUUCUUUUAGUUUACAGAUUUGAUGACGCAGUAAUGAUGGAACUUAUCAAUGUUGCCAAUUUCAAGCUUGAAGAUUCUAUUCUUACUAUCCAAUGGUCUGCGGAUGGAAAGUAUCUAUAUGCAGGAGGUGAAGAUUUUGAAAUAACUGUAAUUAGCACUGAGCGCUGGGAGCCUGUGCACAAAAUCAAGCGAGACAGGUGGGUUCAAUUCAUUUCGUCGUCUCAAGGGUCAACCCAUCUUGCUGUUGGUGGUGUCACGUCGGAAGUUUCGAUCUUGGAUGUUCAAAAAGGCUGGGAUAAUAUUAUCAACAUCGGUCUCAAGGGAUUUGUGCCACUCUCUGCGAACUGGCAUCCAGACGACCAGUACUUAGUCCUAACAGGUCAAAAUGAUAGGAUUUUGGCGGUGGAAACGACAAAUGGCCGUCACGUAUCCGGACACUUUCUUCGGUCGGUAUAUCCAGUUGCGUCCGUUGCCUUUUCACCGGAUGGUCAUCAAGUAGCCAUCGGAAAUGAGAUGGGUGUUGUUGGAAUAUUCAUAUUGUCCGGUACCACAUUUGUAUCGGCUUAUGAGCUAGUGGUAGAUUGUUCUAAUUCGCUCUCGAUAGAAUGGAGUCCAAAUGGAUCCUAUGUGGUGAUUGCUGCAGUGAAUAAGGUUAUAAUUGUCGCGAGAAAGGAAACGCUUGUUGGAUCUGUACCUCUGAACACAUCUGGGUUCUUCGUGGCAAAAGUGAUAAGAGAUCUUGGCUGUGUCAAUGAUAUAUCUAUCGACUCAACCAGUCGCUUCAUAGCUGUGAGCGGUUCAAGAACUCGAGUCGUGGAUGCGGAUUCAAAUUUUGAAAACGUUUUGGAAAUAGAUUACGGUGGAACAACGUUGGCGAAUGCUUGGUCCCACGACGGUAAAUGGUUCGCAGCAAUUGGCAAAGAUCACAAUUUAGUUAUUUACGAUACAUCAGAUGCAUUUUUAUCUCAAUGGCGGUCAGUCUUUACAGUAGAGACAAAGGGAGCAGGGCUUGCAUUGGCCUGGGGGAAAUCAUCAUCUGGGGGUUUGCAGUAUUGUGCCUAUGGCGGCGAGGACAAGCAGAUCCAUAUCAUGGAAAUUAGGACUAAGGAAAGAAGUUGGGAGACCGUUUUGACUAUACCAAGAGAUGGUGAAAUAUUUGGUUUGGACUGGAACAGUGGAGGGCUAGUCGCAGCGGCGRUAUCAAACGGAACCGUAACUGUGCUCGAUCUUUCGUACCUCCAAUCUGGAUGUGCAGUGAACGAAAUGGACUAUAAUUGGCAACGGCAGGCACUUACAUGCUAUACUGAAAUUCGAAGAAACAAAGGAAAGCAUAGCAUGAAAUGUGUUAGAUGGAUACCGUCAGCAACAGAAUCCGAGGAUUUUCUUGCUAUUGGGGGGACAGAUGGUGAAGUGGAAAUUGUUGAUCUCUCCAAAAGGGAUGAAUGUAGGGGAUUUCAAAGUAUGGCUAGCUGAAAUUUUCCUUGAAUGUUGAUAUGAUGUGAAAACUAUUUGCUGGUCAUCCAAAUACAUGCAGUCUUAUGAAUAUCAAGAAUAACUCAAGAAUAGAUCCCUCAAUCUAAA